AUGCAUAAAUUGAUUGAUUAAUUAAUAGAAUAUAUUUUAAAUUUGUUUUCAGAGAGUGCGCGUUAUGAAACUUAGUAGCAGAAAGUAACAAGCAGCUCAGAGGGCUGCAAGGAUUACAAAAAUUAGUGGGAAACAGAAUUUAUCGUAGGAACUGGGCGCAUGUUGAAAGAUGGGGAUAGAAAAAAUUUCAAUUAGUGCACAUAAAUAAAGGCUGGCGUAUGCAAUUAAUUGAAUUAUUUAUUCAAUCAUUCAUUCUUUCAAAAACUGAAGAGUGAAUUUUAGAUUUCAACUGUAAGGAAAUGA